AUGCCGCAGCUGAACGGCGGUGGAGGAGAUGACCUAGGCGCCAACGACGAACUGAUCUCCUUCAAAGACGAGGGCGAGCAGGAGGAGAAGAGCUCGGAAAACUCCUCGGCGGAGAGGGAUUUAGCCGAUGUCAAGUCGUCGCUAGUCAAUGAAUCAGAAACGAAUCAGAACAGCUCCUCCGAUUCCGAGGCGGAAAGACGGCCUCCGCCUCGAUCCGAAAGUUUCCGAGACAAAUCCCGGGAAAGUUUGGAAGAAGCGGCCAAGAGGCAAGAUGGAGGGCUCUUUAAGGGGCCACCGUAUCCCGGCUACCCCUUCAUCAUGAUCCCCGACCUGACGAGCCCCUACCUCCCCAACGGAUCGCUCUCACCCACCGCCCGAACCCUCCAUUUUCAGUCCGGCAGCACACAUUACUCUGCGUACAAAACGAUUGAACACCAGAUUGCAAUUCAGUACCUGCAGAUGAAAUGGCCCCUCCUUGACGUCCAAGCAGGGAGUCUCCAGAGCAGACAGGCCCUCAAGGAUGCCCGCUCCCCCUCGCCUGCACACAUUGUUUCGAACAAAGUGCCGGUGGUGCAGCACCCCCACCAUGUCCACCCGCUCACGCCUCUCAUCACCUACAGCAACGAACACUUCACCCCGGGAAACCCACCUCCACACUUACCAGCCGACGUAGACCCCAAAACAGGAAUCCCACGGCCUCCACACCCUCCCGAUAUAUCUCCAUAUUACCCGCUAUCACCUGGCACUGUAGGACAGAUCCCCCAUCCGCUAGGAUGGUUAGUACCACAGCAAGGUCAACCAGUGUACCCAAUCACGACAGGAGGAUUCAGGCACCCCUACCCCACAGCACUGACUGUCAACGCUUCCAUGUCCAGCUUUCUGUCUUCUAGGUUCCCUCCCCACAUGGUCCCACCACAUCAUACUUUACACACGACCGGCAUUCCCCACCCGGCCAUAGUCACACCAACAGUCAAACAGGAAUCCUCCCAGAGUGACGUCGGCUCACUGCACAGCUCAAAGCAUCAGGACUCCAAAAAGGAAGAGGAAAAGAAGAAACCCCACAUAAAGAAACCCCUUAAUGCGUUCAUGUUGUAUAUGAAGGAAAUGAGAGCAAAGGUCGUGGCGGAGUGCACAUUGAAAGAAAGCGCAGCCAUCAACCAGAUCCUGGGGCGAAGGUGGCAUGCGCUGUCUAGAGAAGAACAAGCAAAGUACUAUGAGCUGGCUCGGAAAGAGCGACAGCUUCAUAUGCAGCUGUACCCUGGCUGGUCUGCGCGGGAUAACUAUGGGAAGAAGAAGAAGAGGAAAAGGGACAAGCAGCCAGGCGAGACCAAUGAACACAGCGAAUGUUUCCUAAAUCCUUGCCUUUCACUUCCUCCGAUUACAGACCUGAGCGCUCCUAAGAAAUGCCGAGCGCGCUUUGGCCUUGAUCAGCAGAAUAACUGGUGCGGCCCCUGCAGGAGAAAAAAAAAGUGCGUUCGCUACAUACAAGGUGAAGGCAGCUGCCUCAGCCCGCCCUCUUCAGAUGGAAGCUUACUAGACUCGCCACCCCCGUCCCCACCACACCUGCUAGGCUCCCCUCCCCAAGACGCCAAGUCACACACUGAGCAGACCCAGCCGCUCUCGCUCUCCCUGAAGCCUGACCCCCUGGCCCACCUGUCCAUGAUGCCUCCACCUCCGGCGCUCCUGCUGGCCGAGGCCGCCCACGGCAAGGCCUCUGCCCUCUGCCCCAACGGGGCCCUGGACCUGCCACCCGCCCUGCAGCCGCCCAUCCUCCCGGCCUCGUCACUUGCACAGCCAUCGACAUCUUCCUUACAUUCCCACAACUCGCUGACUGGGACCCAGCCCCAGCCUCUGUCCCUCGUAACCAAGUCUUUAGAAUAGCUUUAGCUGUGUCAGCCCUGCCUGAGAUGAGUGCUUUCUUCCUGGUUCUUGAUUUGCGCCUCUCUUCCCCCGGCCCCCCUCCACCCCCCUCCUUGGAAAAGCUUUUGUUUUGUACUCUUUUAAUUUUGUGCCACGUGGCUACAUAAGUUGAUGUUUAUCGAGUUCAUUGGUCAAUAUUUGACCCAUUCUUAUUUCAAUUUCUCCUUUUAAAUAUGUAGAUGAGAGAAGAACCUCAUGAUUCUACCAAAAUUUUUAUCAACAGCUGUUUAAAGUCUUUGUAGCGUUUAAAAAUAAAUAUAUAUAUAUACAUAACUGUUAUGUAGUUCUGAUAGCUUAGUUUUAAAAGACUGAUUAAAAAACAAAAAGGAAAAAAAAAGAGAGAGAGAAGCAAUUUUGAAGCAGCCCUCCAGAGGCGUUGGUUCUGUAUUAUUUGUAUUAAAUACGAGCUUGCGAACCAAUCAUUUUACACCUGGUUUUUGAACCACAAGAGGCACCAUGGAUGCCGUGCCAUUACCUUUAUUUUUUUUUUCCUCUGUGUGAAACAACUUUUAUUGUGAUGUUACUUGUUAUUGUUUAAAUGUACAGAAACAAAGGGUUAAAAAUGUGUUAAUAUACCUUGUUCCUUGGUGUUGUUCUUUUGUGGGGAGGGGGUUGCUACUCAACAAUUAAUGGAAUCAUCAUGCUGUUGGACCAGUAGUAUUUAUUGCUUUAGAGGUUGCUUGUUGUACUUGUAUGUUGUCUCUUUUUAAAUAUGUUUUCUUUUCCUUUUUCUUGGAACUGUAUAAAGUUUCCCCCCCCCUCCCUUAGCAUAAGCAUCUUAUAUAUAACAACUCAUUUGUACAAGGUUUUUAAGUUUAUAUAUAAAAAUGUGUAUAUAUAUUUUUUUUGUUUCCCUUUUUUGACUUUUGUUUUUCCCCUGUCUGAAGCCCAGAAUCUGCCAAAUGGACAUUCAUAGUUGCAUCCAGGAUCAGUAGUAGCAUUCACAAACGUUGCUUUAAAAGCCAUUAAGUAAAACAAGACUUGAAGUGUAGUGAGGAAAUGCUAGAUGCUGUUGAGCAGCAGUGGGAACUGCCCUUGUUCCGUCCCCGCCCUGGAAUCCUAGUCAGAUGCCCUGCACCCUUAGGACAUGGACUGACCGUGUGCAAAACUUUAUGUGCCAAAAUUCUCAGUGACUUUAGCUUUCUCCCUCUUUGAUGCUGUACUUUCUGUUCAUCAUGUUUUGCUGUGAUGUUACAUAGGUAGAUUUGUAUGUAGUUUUAAUGUCACCUAUAACAAAAUGUGUUUGAUAGCAGAUUGUCCAGAAAGCAUUUUAAAUGAAGAGGUAUAAACCCUUAAGGGCCAAAAUUCUGUAUAUUAGAUUACUCUUAAAUGAAAAAUCCAGCUGCCGCUUCUAUGGACUUAUAUUACAUACAAGUAGGUAGCGAACUUUAAAAAUAAAAAAAAAAACUAGGCAUGUUGAUGUUGCAAAUGCUGUAUAAAGCUAAGACCUGUUCAUUCAGUGCCAUUGUAGUUGACAUGAAGCGAUUGUAAAACUGUCUCCGAUUUUUCUCUGGUUUAUUAAAAUGCUAACUAUAACAUUUUUUUCCUUUUUUGUGAAUACUUUGAAUGUUUCCUAACAGUUGUGAUGUUACUGUUCCGUUUUAUGCUCUUAUUCCAAGUUCAUUUUGAAUGGUUUGGAAGCCAUUUUUGUAAUGAAUAAAUGUCCAUGCUGUACAGUACCUGUAGCAUGCCGUUCUGGAUUAAUAAAAGCAACUUAGUAUGUGCAGAGAA